ACUUCUGGGAAUUGGCGACAUGCAGCCACAAGUUGCUCGAGGUGUAAACGGGACGGUGUUUAGUCAUUAGAUAGGUGGGCAAACGGCCAGAGAAUAUGGUUCAUCCAUUAGUUUUGUUCUCGUUGUGCUUGUGGAGUCUGAUUGGUGUGUUUGGUGUUGAUACAGAAGAAAUGAAGUCAGUAUCAGUGAUGGAGGGAGAGUCUAUCACUCUAAACCCUGAUGUUACUGAAGCACAGAAAUAUUUGUUAAUACAGUGGAAGUUUAGAAGCACUCGAAUAGCUGAAGUCAACAGACUCACACAAACAAACUCGACGUAUGAUGGUCCUGAUGGGAGAUUUAGAGACAGACUGAAGCUGGAUCAGACUGGAUCUCUGACCAUCACAAACACCAGCACCACAGACUCUGGACUUUAUCAACUAACGGUUGUCAAAAAAGAGACCAUUUACAUGAGUUUCAAUGUUACAGUCUAUGGCGUGACCGAAGAAGUGAAGUCAAUAUCAGUACAGGAGGGAGAUUCUGUCACUCUGAACCCUGAUGUUACUGAAAAACAGAAAUAUUUGUUAAUACAGUGGAUGUUCGGAAGCACUCGAAUAGCUGAAGUCAACAGACUCACGCAAACCAGCUAUACGUACGAUGCUGAUGGGAGAUUCAGAGACCGAUUAAAGCUGGAUCCGACCGGAUCUCUGACCAUCACGAACACCAGAACCACAGACUCUGGACUUUAUCAGCUAGCAACAGUCAACAGAGAGACCAGCUACGUGGAUUAUGAUGUUACUGUCUAUGAAAGAUCAUCGAGCACAAAUUGUGUGGCGUCCAGCUGUGCGAUGAACAAUUCAUCCGCAAACCAGACUGAGGAUGCCAGCGUUACUGAACUCUAUCAGCCGAGUUCAGCCCACAUUCACUGUUGUGGUUUUACUGAAGCUGUGAUCCGAUUGGCUCUCUCUGCUCUGGUGGGCGUGGCUGCUGUUGCAGUGCUGGUUUAUGACAUCAGAUCUACAAGAAGUGAGCUGAACAGGACAGAAGAGACUCAAUAUCUUUCUCAGACCCAUGGAGCAAAAUCAGACCAACAGUAUGAACUGAGCAGAAGGUUAAGCUGCAGAUAUGUCCAAAUAUAAAGCAAAACACACAUUAAUGCUCUGCACUUUUACUGUUCCUUACACAGCUGUUUAAUAACAUAAUAUUUUUGCACUCAUUGGCCGUUUAUUGAUUGUAUCUGCACAGAAUAUGACUUUGAUCAAUCUAUUAAAUGCAUGGCUGUAAACAUAAUUACUGUAACAAAAUAAUUGAGCAACACAAUUGAUGGCAUAGUAUGAUCUCAAAAGCAUUCUUAUUUGAAGAUGUGGUGGGGUUCAAUUGAUUUUUACAUAAAAGAUUUAAACUACUAAUAAAUAUAAAACACUGUUUGUCUUUAUAAAGAUGAUUUGAUGUUUAUGAAUAACUUUAUCAAGCAGCUAUUACCCAAAUCUAGCUUUUCGGGAACUCUAGCCAUCCUUUCCAAAACAGUCAACACCAUGUUAAA